AUGCAGUAUACUACCCCAGUUCCGGUCUUCGUCCAAACUUCGCAUCCACCCCCUCCUACCUUUCUUGCCCGGCCACGGCCAAAAUUUUGCAUUCUGCGCCCUGGAGGGUUUUGGACACCUCUGAUUCCACUUGACGAGUUGCCUUCUUGGUUGGAGAUUUGCAACUGGGCCCCUGACAUGUAUAUGGGAAUGUACCCGGCGUCAAUGACCUUCAUACCACGAGAAGGUGAGUAUGAUGUUGUCUGUCAUCACUGCUCGCAUGGCGUGGACUCGCUGCACCAGAGUGUCUCUGAACGAGAAGCUUCUUCUGUGGCAGCCAGUAAUGCCGCCUCGUCCAAAGACUGUCACGAACAACACGCCUCGCCAAAUGCCCAACACCAUGAUACUGUGUCCUUGCCUACUGUGCUCCAUCGCGACUCCCCAAACCACUUCUUGGAGCAGCCUCCUUUCAGUGCGAUCCUCCAGACACCUUUUGUUGGAAUGUGUGUGGUCGACGUGAAUUCGCAGUAUCCGGAUAUAGCCCCAGACCAGGCUGGCUCGAAACGACGUAUGAGCCUCGAGAACUCGGUUCCUCCUCAGGUCUUUGGUGCAGUCGGAGUUGGCAGUCCUCCGCUUUCCGUGGCCAACUCCGCGAACGCUCGAAGGCCCGAUUCUCCUUACCCACAUGCACAUGGUCCUGGAUCGUUUGCAAAGCCCCAGCGCGUUGCAUCCUUGCGAAACGAAAGCGUUGCAUCAAUGCAAAGUGGAAGCGUUGCAUCUACUCGAUCUCUGACGGUUGCUGCCAUCGAGCAAAUGAAGAGAAUGCGGAGAAGAAGGCUCUCGCGUGGAAGCAGCCUGCAUGCAAGCAUCAGUGUCGCAGAGGCAAAGAGUCUGUCUCAGAUCUCGGACUCAAAGAUUUCAAAGGUUUCGAAAGUUUCCAAGAUGUCGAAGACUUCCAAGACUUCCAAGCUUUCCAGGGUCUCCAGGGUCUCCAAGGUUUCCAAGAUUUCCUCCAUCCGGGUUAUUUCAAAGCAUCGUCGAAAGGUUGUACUGCGUCGUCGACGCGCAGAAGAAAGGAAGGCCCGCAAAUCAGCACAGGCAGCGAUCCCAAUGGAGAAGCCAGAGCAAGUGAAUUCGGCUACCAAGAGACGCGAUCGACGUGAGCGCAUGAUGCAACGCAGAAGGCAAUCUGACCGUGGCAAGCAGCCAUAUCGAAACAUGAUGCGGGUCCCCAAUUGGAGCCCGGGUAUGUGCAAGCACUGA